AUGGAGGAGAACAAGCGCAACACGCUCAACAACCUCAACACAAAGAUCCCAGACAUUAAGAAGACGCUGGACAUGUGCAGGUUUCUCAAGAAUCGCAAGGAACACGACGAAGAGACCGUUGACGUGAACUACGAGCUCAACGAUACCGUGUACUCUACGGCAGAAAUCAACGUGAAGGAGCUGGAUUCUGUCUCGCUCUGGCUCGGAGCAGAUAUCAUGAUGGAGUAUCCUAUUGACGAGGCUAUUGAGAUGCUGGAAAAACGGCUCCAGGGCGCGCUCGAUAACAAGGCCGUCACCUUGGAAGACCUGGAGUAUUUGCGCUCAAACAUCACCACAAUGGAGGUCAACACGGCGCGGGUCGUUCGCACCGGCGUGUCUUCUCUGUCGUCGGACGAGUCUGGCGAGUCCUCGUCUUCCGCGCCGUCUGCGUUGUUGACCAUGUCGCGAAUGCGCCUAUCGAGCGGGCGCUGCUGGCUUUUGGAGGCGAGUUUGGUGUAUACGAGCUCCACGACUCUCAAUCUGGAAUUGAGGCCUGGCAGGAGCCCGUUGAAGAAAAGCGACCCGAUGAAAUACCCCAAAAGGCUGGGGAUCACCGAGUUGAUGAGGCCCUCGCUCAAAGCCAGCUGCAGAGCCACCAGCGACGUGAGGAAGUCGUUUGUGAACACCAGCUUGAAGUCCUCGUUCGACUCGCGCAGUUUGAGUAGGCCCCCGAAAUUCAGCUCGAAUUUGUAUAGCACAGGCGUGAACUUCCAAUGA